AUGUAUAGUCAAAAAAGUGGUUUGGAAGCAGCAGUGGCAGCUGCAAACAAACUAGAUGCAAGUCUUCAUGCAAAGGGAAAAUUAACAAAAAAUCUAUCGGAAGGAUUGAGUAAAUCUGAUGUUCUUAAAUUAAUUCAAGCUGAAUUUUCAAUAAAUCAUGUGCCUCAAUCGGUAAGAAAUUUAUUAUGUAAAGGUAGCACACAGGAAAUGAUAAAAGAUUUUUCUGGAGCUUGUGUCUCUACCAAAGGCAGAUACAUUCCGGAAAAUGAAAGAAAAAAUCUCAACACUCAAGAUAAAUCGGCUAAAAAUUUAGGAUUAUAUUUGUUUAUUCAAGGACCCACAAAUAGAUCGGUCGAUUUGGCUAUACAAAAAAUUGAGGAAAUGAUUUCUUCCAAUGGGGAUAUCGGAAAUCAGCGUCAAUGUGGAAAUGGAGGAAUUUCUACAAUUGGACCUGUUCCUGGAUCUAUAAAUAUGGUACCUAGAGCACCAGUCGGAGGAAAUUUACCACCUGUUUUGGUAAACAGAAAUAUUCACCUACCACCUCCCAUUAUAGAACAAACUUCUGGAAAAUUGAUUGAAAAAAUCAGAAUCGGAAUGGAUAAUAUUUUACCCGGUUUCAAUCUUCCAAUGAAAUUGAUUGGACAAGGAGGUUCAAAUUUAAAUUAUAUAAAAAAUGAAACUGGUGCCAUUGUUACAUUAAGAGGAAUAGGAUCUGCUUUUAUGGAGCCUGGAACUCAACAAGAGGCUCCAGAGCCUCUUCACUUUUGCAUAACGCAUCAUAAACCGGAGGUAAUGGCCACGGCUAGAGAUUUAGCUUUAAAUUUAAUAGCUACAGUUCAACAGGAAUAUGCCCAAUUUCAAAUGCAGCAGCCACCUCCCCAAAAUAUUUCUGCCCAAAUUCAACAGAUCAGCGUUGAACCUCCUCCCAAUAUAAUAUUACAUCAAGGAGGUAACGGAGAUCAUCCAAUAAUACAACAACCAAUACCAAAUGUAAUGUCGACGUCGAUUGCUCUACCUGUGGUUCAAACAGGAUUUAUUCAACAGCCAACGGUUACUCAAUUGACGGCACCUCCUCCAAUGGUGGGCGUUCCACCACCUCAUUUUUCACAACCGCCUCCAGCACAAGUGGCACUACCUCCUCCGGGAGUUCAUAUUCCUCCGCAACAAGGCCCAAUGGUUCCCCCAACUCCAUCUCAGCAUCUUCAGAUUCAGUCCCAACACGAUCAACCCGGUAAUUUUAUUCAACAAAUAGCUCAACCAUUUCAGCCGACCCAACAAAUCAACAACUGCCAACAGCAAUAUGUCAUCACUCAAAAUGGACAACCAAUGCAAGGAAUUAUGACUUCUCAAGGAUUGGUUGUUAUAAAUCAACAAACCCAACCUACAUAUACUCAACAACAAGUCUUCUUAUCUCAACCACCUCCCGUUGGUCAACCGCAACCUGUUUUUCAAUCUGGCCAACAUUUGGCUUUUCAAACUCAAAAUUCAGGUCAGCAACUUCAGGCAGCUGUAUCGGUUCCCGUUUCGUAUCAAUUUCAGUAUGUUCAACAAAACCCUCCUCCGACCCUGGCAUAUUCAGCGGUUCAAAAUUCAGUUCAAAAUCAACCGUCUCACAUUCAAAUUCAAACUCAACAGCAACCCGUUUCACAACAACCCCAAAUAAGUUCAAACAGCGUACCGAAUGCUCCGUCCGGACAAUCUCCCGUUCAAAAUCAAUCAUCGUCUCAAUCUACGACAAACGUUUCUCAACCUCCGCCAUCGAUUCCCAAUCAAUCAUCUUCCGUACAAAAUCCUCCAUCCAAUCAAAGGCAUUCACCCAAUAUUCAAGCUCCUCUUCCUCCUCCUCCUCCUCCUCCUACUACUAAUCCAACGAAUCCGGCAUUUUCCAUACAGCCCUCUCAUCAAAAUCAAAUGCUUCUACAGCAAAUUCCCAAUCAGCAAAUGAUGGCAAACAAUCAACCGGUCUCGUUGCAAAAUCAAAACAUACAAACCAUACCCGUGUCGACGGCUAAUUUCUUACCCUGUCAACCGCAAUUGAUGCAAAUUCAAGGGGUGAGACCGACGAACGAAGUUCAACAACCUCAAUUUCAAGUUCAACAGCAAAAUUACGGACAGUAUCAACAGCAAAUAGUCAUGAAACAAAUACAAGUUUGCCAACCGCAACAAUUACAAUUCGUGCCGGGAUGCCCUCCGGGACCAAUACAAAUCCUUCCCACAUCCUCGGGACAAUUUAUUCCGCCCGCACAUCAUUUGCCCCCUUCUCGUUUCAAUCAAAACUCGGAUCAUCCGGAACCUAAACCUCCCAAGCGGAAGUUCACGGAAGAAAUAACUCCGACCACUCAACAGGGGGGGUCAACUCAACCUCAAUCGUUAAUGUCAAUUCCGAUGCAGCCUCCGCAACCCGUACCGCCGCCCACGCAACCGGUAACGAAUAACAAUUCGGGAAGGCAGGGUGUAGGUGUACAAGAAUUGAUGAUAAUGAACCAGCAUCAGAGGAGGCAACAUCUUCAACAACCUGAGGGUUUACAGAAAGAUCCCUCAAUUAAAAUGGAUGAGACUUCAGUGGUAGUUCCACCCCUACCGACAUCAACAGGUAAUGGACCGAAUUUUCAGAUAUCGGAUGCUGGAAACGUUCAACGAGACGGAGAUAAACCGAAUAAUAAGCAAAGACAGUGUUUCGAUGAGACUAGAGAUUGUCGACAGGAUGGGGAUCGUGAUGGUAGAGAUGAGAGGAAUCGCGGUUACAACAGAAGAGAAAGAAACAGGGAGAGGCCAACUUUUAGUCAUUAUUCGAGCAAACCUCAAUUGUACGAUUCGAUGGCUCAACAUCAAAUAUUAGGAAUUGGAAUGUGUCCUCCACCCCCGCCUCCACCGUCUCACAUAAUCAAUCAACCCCCGCCUGGAGCCCCACUACAACAACAGCAGAUACAGCAGCAACAGCAACAACAACAGCUUCCUCCGAAUCAUUAUUAUUCAAAUAAUAAUCGUCCUUAUUAA